UGUCUGGCUGCUGUGAGCCUGCGAGCUCAGAGGAGGAUUGUCCCUGGCAGAGGACAGACGCACAGUGUAUAUUUAUGCUCUAGGACAUGAGGAAAGGAUUAUUGCAAACCCUGUACAAACCGAGCCUUGCACUUGUUUAAACGGAGGGAUCUCUUGUUUGCAUUUGUUUUGACAGAGACCUGAGAAACGUAUUAGCUGCUUCACAAGGACAGCCAUCUGAGAAGCUGCUCUGCCCUCUCUAAUGUGCAGUAACAAUGAGCCCAGCAUUCAGAGCCAUGGAAGUGGAGCAGUACGCAAAGGGAGUUCUGCUCGAGCCUUUUUUACACCAGGUCGGAGGACACUCCUGCGUCCUUCGCUUUAACGACAAGACCAUCUGCAAACCCCUCAUCCAAAGGGAGCACCUGUUCUACGAAACACUCCCGACCGAAAUAAGGAAAUUUACACCUCAGUAUAAAGGUGUGGUGUCCGUCAGCUUCGAAGAAGACGAAGAUGGAAAUUUAUGCCUAAUAGCCUAUCCUUUAAACCGGGACCAAGACCACCUGGAAAACGUAGACUAUUCGGACUGCACUGAGACCAAAAGUAAAGUGAUCAGGUGGUCUAAUAAAAAAACUCUUAUGUUGGAAAACGACAACCUGAGCAAGGAGCGAGUCCGCCAGCACAGGAAAGAGGAGAAAUUAAAAAGCCACAAGCUAGAGGAUGAAUUUGAAUGGUUAAAGAAAUCCGAGGUGUUGUACUACAGCGUGGAGAAGAAAGGGAACGUCGGCUCACAGUUUAAGCACAACCCAUGGAGUAUGAAGUGCCACCAGCAACAGCUCCAGCGUAUGAAGGAGAACGCCAAACACAGGAACCAAUAUAAAUUUAUCUUAUUGGAAAACCUGACCUGUCGGUACCAGGUGCCCUGUGUUCUGGAUCUGAAGAUGGGAACGCGGCAGCACGGAGAUGACGCAUCGGAGGAAAAGAAAGCCAAUCAGAUUCAGAAGUGUCAGCAAAGCACUUCUGCCAUCAUUGGGGUCCGGGUGUGUGGUAUGCAGGUCUACCAAACUGGUACUGGGCAACUAAUGUUUAUGAACAAGUAUCACGGCAGGAAACUUUCAGUCCAGGGUUUUAAAGAAGCACUUUACCAAUUUUUUCAUAAUGGGAAAAACCUGCGCCGGGAACUGAUCGACCCUGUUAUCAAAAAACUAACCGAACUCAAGAUGGUUUUAGAACAACAGGAGUCUUAUCGUUUUUAUUCCAGCUCACUGCUUAUUAUUUACGACGGGAAGGAAUUACAGGAGGUUCCCAUGGACUCGGACCCGGAAGAUUUAGAGGAUCUGUCGGAGGAGUCUUCGGACGAAUCGGCAGGAGCCUACGCUUACAAACCCUCUAGUAACAAGCACUCCACUAGCACUGUAGACAUCCGAAUGAUAGACUUUGCACACACAACCUGCAAGUUUUACAGGGAGGACAGCAUCGUGCACGAAGGUCUAGAUUCGGGCUACAUUUUUGGACUUCAGAAUUUAAUAGCUAUUAUUAAAGAAAUAAGAGAUGAAAACAGCGAAUAAAGCAGGCACUUGUAAGCCACAAUUGUAUGAAGCACUAUACUAUGUCUUUCCCAAAAUGAAGACCACUAUGUGGUGGUAGAAUUCAUUACAGGACUCGACGGGUCUCACCCGUCGGAAGACUUGUUCAAAAGAGGGCAUUUACUUAGCUGUGCUGGACAGAGCACUAAUUACUAUUGCGAUACUUAUUUAUUUUAAAUAUUUCUAAAACAUUCCAUAUUUGAUGAUUCAAAUACCUCUGUUACACCUGUGUGUAUGUUUUGUGAUAAACCCCUCCCCCAAAAAUAAAACUCCCUUUCUUUCUUUAUCUUUUUUUUCCUCUCCCCUGCUUUACCGUACUGCGACUGCCCGUUGGGGAAAUGGGAUGGAUGGCGUUACAUACGAGGGCAUUAAAGCCUGGCCCUUUGUUACAUAGUUAAGGCCUGGAAGUUUUGCCUCGGCUACAAUAAUCACGCAAGAGUAUCCAUUUUAGAUCUAGAAAAGAGCUACCGUAACAACAAAAAAGAAAAAAAGGAAACAAACUUUAUUGGAUACCAUUGCCUGGCGUAGUGUAGCAUUGCAAUGUAAAAUUUUAAUUUAUUGGCCCUCUGCCUUGAUUACAAUAGCAGUGGAGCGUUAUAAUAUAACUUCAUGAACGUAUGUGCCUUUAACCACACACAUCUGCAAUGCCAACUGCUCUCCGCAAAGUCCAUUACCGCGUGUAAUGAAUUGAUACGAUCAUUGAAUUAUGGGCCUUGAGGUGACCACAACUGCGUUCCAUGUCAUGUGCACUAUUCUCCGCUUCUCUAAAUAUAUCAUUAAACCAAAUAAUUAUAUUUUGUGAUAUGUAUCUGUUAAGGGGAACAACAGAAAAAACAAACAAGGCAAAGACCUGCUUUGUUUCAGUAGAACGGGUACCUGUUGUUGAGCAUUUGACCCCAGGUUUGAAAUUGAAAGGUGUUUAGAAGAAACCUACUGUCUACCGUCAUUUUAGUUCUUGCAAAAAAUGUGUUGAAGGUUUUGUUUGUUUUUUAUACUGUAAAAUAAGGAAAUGGUUUGGUUUAAGUAUAUUUACCAACUUUUUGAUCUAGCUGACCUGCGGAAUUUGCUAAAUUAAAGAGACGAUCAUCCUGUUUUGAAAAAAAAAAAAGCAAUUUCUUGAGGUUCCCUAGAUUGUGUUUCUUCUGUUGAUGGGUCUUUAAAUAGCAAUAUGUCUGAGAGUGCACCUACUGUACCAUGAUCUAUUCCAGCCAGCGUACUGGAUUUCCAGCAAGUUUCCUCCUAGGACAGGAAGAGGUACCUUGCGGACCCUACCAGCUGCUGUUUACCUUCCGUAGUAGAAAUUGGCGAUGACUAGAAUGAAUGGUUAAAUGCAUCCUGCGCCUUUGUACAGUGGAGGAAGCCAUUUUUGGAGAACCAUCGCCAAUAUUCAUGAGAAUGCAGCCUAUCAAUAGGAGCUAGGGAUGUGUACUUCAUAGUGAAUUCAUAUGUUGCAUUUUUUGGGAAAUAGUGUUGGUGGCCUUUAAUCUCCAGGCGUUGUUGAACUCAAACUGUCUACCAACAUAAUAUUGCUUUACCUGUUACAUCCACCCAUCAUACAUGAAUAGCAAUGGAUACAUUUUUGUGUUCGGAAAAUAAUAAAUAAAAUAUCUUCUAUGACUUGUAAA